UCGCCAAGGUCUCUGAGGCGCUGUUUUUUCGCUGGCGGUGGUCGUUAGUCUCCAUUUAAAGUUCUCUUAAGUGGAGGCCCGAGGUUCCCUCGGAGGUACGGAUCUGAACAUUCCAGAUCAACCUGUGGUUUUUAGAGAGAAGUGUUUAUCAUAAAUCAAGAAUGGCUGCCUCUGGGGGAACAUUUAUUGGAGCCCCCCCAUCAAGCAAUAAUGAUGCAUCCAGCAGUCUCAACUAUGGUUCUUCAUUUCAACCCAUCAAAACCCAAGUGCCCAUUCCUACAGCUCAUGUCAUGCCCUCCACAUUGGACAGAUCAACUUGUCUAGCAAGUGAAUUAAGCUCUCCUCAGACCACUUUGGCUUCCUCCAUGUCAAAUUUACUGGGUAACGUGGGAGGACUGAUGUCCAGCUAUGACUCUGAUACUUUGAGGCAAUCCCAGGUGAUCAACCGGAGUUCUCUUUGUCUGAAUCAGACUUCAGCAGAAAAUGGUUACAAUGAAUCCUUGUUUCAUACUUCUGGUCAGUCAGGUGUGGAAGGUGUUCAGAAACCUAUCAGCCUAGAUGCUGAAGUCACCCAUUCUGCUUUUCUAAAUAGGCAUUCUCUUGGUCCUUGGUCCCAACUCCAGAUGUACACUCCAGACAAUUCAAAUAGCACUUCUGCUGGCCUAGAAAAGGAAUACAAUAAAAUACUGCAGAAUACUAAACCACCAACAGAUUACAAUAGAGUCUGUGGAAAGCAAGUAUCCUUGGGACUUAAUGCUGCUAGUAUGUUUUCCACCCCUUUGGCUGCUCAAUCUCAAACAUCAAAGCUGGAAGCUUGUACACUACAUCCACAUGAAAAUUGUGCACACAGUGCUUGGAAACAACAUAUAGAUUGUGUUCGGCUGCAACUGGAACAAAUGCAUCUGCAAAAUAAAGCAACUUGUUACUAUCCUUUGGUGAACAGUACUUCACUGCACACACUUGAUCCAGCUCAGUGGAUUGGCAUUACAAAUACAAAUGAAAAUUUGCUCCUGGAGAAAGAAAUACUCAUUGACAGGCAGAGACAGCACAUUUCCCAGCUGGAGCAGAAACUACAAGAAAGUGAAAUGCAAGUCCACAGUGCCCUCUAUGGCCAUCCUGCUCCUUAUGGGGACAUGCAUCUGUUCAGAAUGCAGGAGUUACAGAGCGAGAAUAUAUUUUUACGAGCCCAGUUUACUGAAAAAACAGAGUCACUCAAUAAGGAAAAGAUUGAAUUGGAAAGGAAAUUGGCUGCGUCAGAAGCUGGUAUUAAACGGAUCCAGGAGACUCACAAAGAGACCACACAGAAGCAUACAGUGGAAUUGAAGAAACAAGAAGAAAGGAUCAAGUCCAGAGACCAGCACAUUGAACAUCUGAAAAAGAAAUGCAAAAAAGAAUUGGACCAGAACCAUGAGAAACAGCAGAGAAUUGAGGCUCUGGAGCGCUAUAUUGCUGACCUCCCAGUAUUGGAGGAUCAUCAAAAACAAAGUCAACAGUUAAAGCAGUCUCAGAAGAUAGUUAGCACUUUGCAGGAAACGGUGACUACUCUUGAAAGGGAACUAAGAGAUGUUCGCAGUGACUGCCGAGAGAAGGAGCUGCAGCUAGAAGUGCAGAAACACAAAGAAAUGGAACUGCUUUCCACCGUGCGCAGUUUACAAGAUAAAAUGCAGCAGAUGAAGCCUUCAAUACCAGAAGAUUAUGCCCAAGAGAUAGAGAGAGAGAGGGGAGAAAAAGAGUCUCUGCACAAAGAACGUGAUCUUCUCAGGAAGAUUGUGGAAAAUCAGAAGAAGAAAUUGGAUCAGUUAUCUUCACAAAUAAAGGAUCUGGAGGAACAGAUUGCCCAGGAUGAUGGUACAGCCCAAGCUCUGAGAGCAGAAGCGUUGAAGCAGGAAAAUGCAUUGCAGCAGCUACGCAGAGCUGUGAAAGAGCUGGCUUCUCAGAACCAAGAACUGAUGGAAAAAAACCUGACCUUCCAGGAGCAUCUCCGGCAGAUGGAGCUGGGCCAGUUGCUGUCAGAUGAAACAGCCAGCCUGACCCAAGAGCUGCAUAGUGAACUAGCCAGCUGCCUACAGGACUUGCACUCUGUCUACAGUGUGGUUACUCAGCGGGCUCAAGGGAAAGAUCCCAAUUUGUCAUUGCUGUUAGGCAUUCACACUGUACAUUAUUCUGUUCAACAAGAAAAAGACUUGUUGAAACCAGAUAUGCUAGCAAAGAAGCUGGAGGAUGUAAAACAGCUACACAAAGAGAUUGAAGAUUUGCGGACUGCUAUUUCGGACAGAUACGCUCAAGAUGUGGGUGAUAACUGCAUUACACAGUGAAGGCCAAAUUAGUGGAAGAUGUGAACUAAGUUUGUACUGUGCAGGGUGAGUUUUCAGGAGGCCUUUAUUACCUGUUCAGGUGAAGAUGCUUCCCACAACUGGAAAUCAGAUUUUCUCUUGACAGGAAAGCUGUCUAAGGAAAACAAGCCUAUAAGGGUGUGGCAAAAACUUUUUUUUUGUAUCCUGCAAUUUUGGAACUGGUUCCUGUUAGCAGCUGCAGUCAGGAAAGUGCCUUCCAGCAUUCAUUUCUGUAAUUUAUGGCAGAAACGUUUUUUCAGACACUACAAUCAUGGAGACUUUCUUUUGUAAUGUAAUUGCUGUGAGGUUGCGAAAUCUUUCAUGAGUUAGGAUUGAAUAUAAAAUGGCAGUCCGUAUGUAGAAAAACUGAGUCGGCUGUGGUAAAGAAAGUCUGAACAGUGAAGAAAGAUCUGUUUUUUUAAACAGGUUUUUGAAAUUUCUAAGAUAAUCUUGUACUCUCAGGUUUUUUCCGAUUCCUUCCUGAAACUAGGAAUAUGAUGAUUAAAUUGUAGAAGGCAUUAUUGCAUUUCUCCUUAAAUGUUUUAGGUCUCCAAAGCCUGUGCUGGUUCCCCAGGUUUUAGGAUAUGACCACUGCUAAUGGCAUGGACACUUUCAAUGUCCAUGUGCCAUCUUGGGUUCAUACAUUUUCAAUGCAGAUGCACUUUUUAAACUGUAUUUUCAUAUCACUGUUAUCUAUGCAAGCAUUAACUUGACAUUCUAGAAUGUAUGAAUUCAAAUGUUGAAAUGCCUUAAUUCUCCUAGAAAUAAAUCUUUGGAAAGAGAGAAACUGAAUUUCUGUAUUGCUGUCAUGUGGACAAUUAGGUUUAUACACUGUAAUAGACAGAAUUACAGGUUGAUUUUAAAACUAACCCUUCUGUGAAACAGUAAGGUGAUAAUUAAAUUAGUUAGUCCUUAUGACUGAACAGAUUAAUGCUCAUUCCUCCACAAGGUUGUAAUAUGGGAGGAGUCUUUAAUGCUGUGCCAGCACUUUACAAAAAGACCUUACAUUAGGACAAGCAUGGCUGGCGGUAGCUACUGAUAUUGAUGAACUCCUGUCAAUUGUAGGUAGCAUGAUCUAUGUGAAGGCAUGUAGAUGGUCUACGCUUGCUCUUGAAAUUGAAAAUUGACCUUGAACAGAAAGCUGAGUGUGUUCCUACAUGUCAAAUAUUUACCUGUGGAAAUUAUUCAAAUGAGAGAACUGCAAAUCAAGCAUUCUCCAUUCUUUUGAUUACAGUCUUUUUGACUACAAUCCCAGCUGUAGAUGUAUUUAACUAAGUAUAUGAAUACUUGUGUAAUUUAGUUAAACAGAUUGCUUAUGAUAAACUACUUCAUUUAGUGGGAUCUCCUGUAAAGGUUGACUGUAAUCAGUGCUAUUUAUUCUUUGAAACAAUAUAUUUUUGACAAUCCCUUGAAUGUUUCUUCAUAUAAUUAAGGUGGAUAUUUAUCAUUAUAGCCUAGGCUAGGGUCCUAGAUAUUCCAAUUUCUUUUUUGGGGGUGGGGAAUGAAAUUCACUAUUUCUUUAUCUUUGGAGAUCUGUCUUAUUUUGUAUAGAUUCAACUAUUAUUUUAAGUAUCUUUCUAAGUCCUUAUUUCAAAUCCUAUUCUGGGUUAGAAUAGAAUUCUAUUAUUUAAUUGCCCAGAGUCACUGAGGAUCAGGCAAUAUAUACAUAAGUAACAUAGUUAUAUAAACAAAAAACUAAAACCAGAGUUGCCAGUUCUUUAACUGGUGCUGACCUUCAUACAUGGAGUUUUUCCCAAGAGUUUAGAAUGUCAUAAUGUAUUGUAGUUAUGUGUGGAUCCAAGCAAUGUGUCCUUGUUUUCCUAUAAUUCAUGGAUUUUAUUUUUGCUGAAUAACUAUCAGUAUAUUUUUAUUUUGAGUUACUUUUACUCAGUUAACCUAAUUGAAUAAAUGUGUAAACAAUGGCUGCUAUUUUUUAGUAGACUAUCUGGAUACAAUAAGUUUAUUGUACCACUGAUUCGACAUUCUUUUAAAGCUUUAGAAAAUAUAUUAGUGUGAUAAUGUCAGCCACCCUUGUCAGCCCAUACACUGUCUGUUUGACAUUUGUUGGUUUGCAGACAGCUAUUUCCCAAAUUCUCCAGAUGCAAUACAGUUGUAAUAGCUAGUAUUCUAUAUUUUGACAACUUUUACUAGCCUUUAGUGAAAGUUUAAUAAAAAUAGAGGGAAUGUUUAUAAAGCUAUGAUCUGAAAUUGUGACAGAAGCUGUUUUAUUGUCAGCAUUUGGCAGAAAUUUUUUACUUGAACUUUUUGUACAGGCAUAGGGGAAAUUUCAGAGGUAUAACAUUUUGUUGUGCUUGCAGAAAGGAAAAUCUGUUUGUAUACUGGUUAUUUUUAUUGCAAAAGAGUAGAACUUUUAAAAUAUAAAGUAUAUCCUUAAUAGAAGGAUUGCACUGAAUUUCAUUGUUAAGAUUGUAGUUUACUACACAGUUUCUACA